AUGGCGGACGAGCUGGCCGAGAUGACGUGGCUGCGCGUGGCCUGCGCGGCGGCGGGCGCCGUGGUGGUGCCGCUGCUGAUGCACCGCAUCUUCUUCCACAAGAAGGUGACGCACGAGAGCUCGGCGGGCAGCAGCUCGCUGGAGGAGUACAUGACCAAGCACGGAAUGAGCGAGCUGGAUGCCAAGUUCCAAGUGGCAGUGGACUUCAUCGCGGCUCGGGGCAACAACAAGCUGACGAACGAGCAGAGAUUGACGCUCUACGCGUUCUACAAGCAGGCGCAUUUCGGCAAGUGCAGUGUGGAGAAGCCCUCGGCUGUGGACAUGGUCGGCUCUGCCAAGUGGGAGAGCUGGAAGGCGCUGGGCGACUUGAGCCAGGACAAAGCAAAGGAGCAGUAUGUGGAGUGGGUGCAGGAUCUGUUCGAGGAGUUCGACGUGCGUGGCCCCAAGCGGUGGCGCUCGUCGUCGAACACGUCGUCGUCGAAGGCUACGAGCGAGGCUGUGUCACUGGAUAGUUCGAUGUCGAUGGCUGGAGCUGUCAGCAUGCCGAAGGUUGACAUGUCGACGGAGGAGUGGAAGGUGAAGGAUGAUGUAUUCCACUACGCGAGUACUGGGGAUGUGGACAAGCUCGUGGCUGCGUUGGACCUGGGCGAAGACAUCAAUGCGCAGGACCCCGAAGGUCGAACGAUGCUGCACUGGGCUGUUGACCGAGACCAGACGACGAUUGUGGAGGAACUGCUGCGGCGCAAGGCCUCUCCGAAUGUUCAGGAUGCCGACGGCAUGACCCCGCUGCAUUACGCGGCGAGUUGUGAGCACGAGGACAUGGCCCAACUGUUGGUAAAGCACGGCGCGCUGGUGGAUAUCGAAGACCUCGACGGUGACACACCGCUCAUGACGGCCUCCAGCAAAGCGCUUCAGUCAAUUAUGGCGGAUGGUCCAACCAGCGACCCUCAGUAA